UGAUAAGAGCCAGCGAUGUACGGCGCGGCCGAUUAGAUAAUAAUUAGAAAAGUGUUUACUAUUCACAUUAGCAGUUUCGUGAGUUAAAAUGUUUGUUUAGUGUUAUUCCGAUAUUUAAAUUAUACGAGUUUGUUAAUGGAACCUUGGAGCGUCCACAUGAACGUCCCCAUCGCAAUGACGUGAGCGACGGUAGCGCCGCGCGGCGGACGACGCGAACUAACAACAGUAGACAAAAAAAUUCGGACAGGCUGUGUCUCGGGUGGAUUUUCACUCGAUUUUCACAAAAAUGGAUAACGAAAUCAAGCCGAUGCACAAAAGCAAACAUUUCCCGAUAGACCAGCUCGUGUGCGUCGGUAACUAUGAGCUGGAGAAAACAAUUGGGACUGGAAAUUUCGCAGUUGUAAAACUAGCUACACAUGUCAUAACUAAAACUAAGGUUGCAAUAAAAAUAAUAGACAAAUCUAGGUUAGACGAAGACAAUUUAAAGAAGACUUUCAGAGAGAUAGCCAUCAUGAAGAGACUGAGACACCCACAUAUAGUCCGAUUAUAUCAGGUUAUGGAAAGCACGCACACAAUAUACUUAGUAACAGAAUACGCGCCGAACGGUGAAAUAUUUGACCACCUAGUAACGCGCGGCCGCAUGCCCGAAUCGGAAGCAGCCCGUGCCUUCGCACAGAUGGUAGCAGCGGUGGGCUAUUGCCACGCUAGCGGCGUCGUGCACCGCGAUCUGAAGGCAGAGAACUUGUUGCUAGACCGAGACAUGAAUAUUAAGCUCGCAGAUUUCGGCUUCAGCAACGAGUACACAGCAGGCUCUCCACUGGCAACGUGGUGUGGGAGCCCGCCGUACGCUGCGCCGGAACUGUUUGAGGGACGGCAGUAUGACGGGCCUAAGGCGGAUAUAUGGUCACUAGGCGUGGUUCUGUACGUGCUAGUGUGCGGCGCACUUCCGUUCGACGGCGGCACACUACACGAGUUACGCAGCGUGGUGUUAGCGGGCAAAUUCCGGAUACCAUACUUCAUGUCGCAGGAAUGCGAGCACCUAAUCCGUCACAUGCUGGUAGUAGACGCCGACAAGCGGCUGUCGCUGCGGGGCGUGGCGCGCCACCGGUGGCUGGCCGCGCACACAGAACACGCCACGCAACCAGAUACAAGGGAAGUCCACACUAGCGUCAGUGGGCUAGUGUGCCACAAGGGUGACAGUGUGCCUCAUAUGACCCGCGCGGCGGCCUGGCACGACACGGUGCUGGCACACAUGCUGGCAUUGCCCGCGCUCACCGCGGACCACGUGUUCCAGGGUGACAGUGUGCCUCAUAUGUCCCGCGCGGCGGCCUGGCACGACACGGUGCUGGCACACAUGCUGGCAUUGCCCGCGCUCACCGCGGACCUCGUGUUCCAGGGUGACAGUGUGCCUCAUAUGUCCCGCGCGGCGGCCUGGCACGACACCGUGCUGGCACACAUGCUGGCAUUGCCCGCGCUCACCGCGGACCACGUGUUCCAGUCAGUACAAGAGGAGCGGUUCGACCACAUCUACGCGAUAUACCACCUGCUCAUGGACAAGUUGCAGCAGAGGACCAGCGCCAGGAACAGCCUGCAGCACAGAGACUCGCUCGACUCCACCACCGGCCAGCCUUUAGAUCUCACUAGUUGUAAGAAUCCCGAAGAAGAACAAAUGGAGGCCGAGGAGUCCACGCAGGAGUGCCUGGUGUCGAUCCCGUGCGUCAACGUGGACUACUUGACCGAGCGCGCCGACAGCUUGGAGAAGUUCGGCGACGGCUCGGCGCCGGCGGCAGAAGAGACGUGUCAAACGCGCCAUGAAGAACCGCACGCCGCGCGCAGACACACCGUCGGGCCCGGCGACUGCAGGCACGGACAGGGUGGCGAGCUGGGCGUGUGCGGCGCGGCGUCGGCCGACCUGCGCGCCGGCCCGCUGUACGUGUCCGCGCACUUCAACCAACAAGCGCCAGCGAACGUAUCUUUACUGCCCAACACGAACCUCUGCGGCAAACUGCCGGCCGUCCAGCACCAGCCGCCGCGCUACUUCAGCGUCAAAGACCAGCACUUGCUCAAGCCACCGCACGCCAUGCAGGGACACGCGUCAUCGUUCGGGCGACGCGCGUCGGACGGCGGCGCGCACGUGCCGCGAGGUCGCGAGCGAGCUUGCUGCCACUCUGCGCCCGCGCAUCAUGCGUCGGACAGUGGCGCCCCCGCCCGAGCCGAAGACUCGGAGGCGUCGGACGAGCAUGGAACCGACGCGGCCUACAAUAACAACUUAUGCAGGUACAUGCUGACUCGCGGCAGCGGCAAGAGACACACCAUCGGAUCGCAGGACGACGCCGCUAAUGCCGCCGGAAACUUGCCUAGUACAUCUCCGUCCUCUACGUCGAGCAUACGAGUGAGGAGGACAGGUCUACUCACGGUCACCGAGCGGCCUCCCGUCAUAAGUCCCGAGCUAGUGAUGGAGGUGGAAGCUCGCAUGAACAGAAACUACCUCCCCCCCUCCAUACAGGGCGGAUACCAGUACCAAGGAUACCAGAACCCACCCACGACUACCACGCAAAACGUACCGCAGAGUCCGACUCAAGGGUCCAUAACGCAAGGGACUCCAAACUACAGUAGUGCAGGACCGAGCGGUCCGAAGCAAAUGGUACCGGUAUUAGAGACGAUACCGCAAGGCAGCAUGAUCGGUACCAAAGGUUCGAUAAUGAGUGGCACGCCCAUCACUACGCAAGCAGCGUCGCCGUUUACACCGCAGUUGAGCCAGUAUUCUCCUACCCAUGGGGCGGUGGUCCAAAGUGGGUCCAUAACCAGUGGUACCCCAGUUCAGAACCAGGGGUCAAUUGUGUCUGGUACACCCAUGAGCACAAGCAGUUUUGAUAGCAAGAAUUUCGGCAAUUUUGGAAGCAACUACAGCGCGCCAAACUUUAACACCAUAAAUACCAAUUUUAGUAACAGUAACUUCAGCGGAAAUACCAAUAAUUUUGGCGCCAACGUUGGUACAAACAAUUUUGGUACCAACAUGAGUUCAAACCCCAAUUUCGGCGCGAGCAUGUCUUCAAACAAUUUCGGCACGAAUAUAAACUCCAAUCCAAACUUUGGUACCAGUAUGAACGCUAAUACCAAUUUUGGUGCGAACAUGAAUACCAGUACCAAUUUCAAUGUAAGCUCUAAUCCAAAUUUUGCAAGUAAUUUCGGAUCGAUUACUAGUGGCACGCCUAUGAACUAUCAGAACCAAGUGCAGAGUUCGACGCAGAUGCAAAAUAUGCCCAGUGGUUCCAUUAUGGCCGGAACGCCCUGCCAAAACUCGGUAUCUGGUACCAAUCAGUACACGAACCAAGGACAGUACAACACUAGACAAAGGAAAUAUUCCGGCCCUCAACGCGUUAAACUGCAAACGUUGGCGACUGUGCAAGAAAUGGCGCGUGAGCACGCAGAGCGAUACUCGCCGGUGAGACGCGCCGAGUGCUCGCCGCCGCGGGCCGCGCACGACCUGGCCUCUGCCAAGCUGGAGUACCAGCAGUUGCAGCGUGGACUGGAAAGGAGAAGCGGCGGCAGCAACGCGGGAGCCUCGCCGCCACUACAAGACACGCGGCUACACACACCAGCCUCCAGUAUGCCAGGCUCGCCGGUCGCGGCGUGUGGAGUAGCGGCCUUAGACCUAAGCCUGGUGUCACCUGAGGCGGCGAGGGCAGUGCUAUGCGCCGCCCGUUCGUUACGGGACCCGGCGGCUUUGGACUUGCCUAGGACUAAGCUGCUCACACAGGAUAUAGCCUUAAAGCUGGGCAUCAACCUGCACACGCUCUGCCUGCCGCACGUCAACGCGUCCCAGGAACUUUUGAAGUGCAUCCACUCGUACUCGGGCUACACGUUACUAUCGGGACGGGCCUCCCCUGCCUCCCCUGGGUCACCUCUACACCAAAUUACUGAGGGACUGAGCUACCUUCAUACAGGGUCCAUAACGAGAGGAACUCCUCAAGCCUCAGCCACUCCACUAGACCUCCGAAGCAACGUGGAAAUGGACACAUCUCAGUACCCACAACUCCUGCCAAUGGUACACCCUCAAGUACACUUAGUGACGCACCGGUCGCUAAACAACUCCCCCAUCUCAAACCCCGGGUCUCCCCUCGACAUGAUCCAAGAGGAGAUCGGGAAUGGAUCACACAAUGCUGACGCGAAGCUGUUUUCGCAAGAUAUGACCCGCCAUUUGCAGCAUCAGUUCCAAAACUACGCGUCGACACAUCCUCAGAUUAGUUUGACAGAUUGUUUAGGGUCAGAAAUAACGCUUGUGGCGUCAUCGUCAGAAGACAGUAUGGAUAGUCUAGAAAACACCAAGUAUUCGCUCCCGCAGUUUGUGAUUUCUGAACCGUCGGAUUUAGAUGAUAGGCCGUCCAUAACGAAAGGUAUUGGCAGAAAAGUCAGCCAGGAAUCUGAACCGCCACCUCCAGUCGAAAUUCCUAAAGAAGUCGAUAAGGAUACAGAAAUGGAAUCGCCUAAAGAAACCCCCGAUGACAACAAUAAGUUCUUAAGCGAAGACCUAAAAUACCCGAGGCGAGGCAGCGAUAAGUCGUUAGGAUUCAGUGAUGAUUCGUUAAGCAAUGACUCGGCGAAUGUCUCGCCGAACUGCGAGCAGAAUGUCCAGUCGAUUUAUUCGAAUAUAGUCUCUAUUAGUUCAGGGUUCAGCGAAAACAGGGGCAGUUUUUCUGAGCAUAGAGAAUCGUUUUCGUUCUCUGAUCGCGGUAGUUUUUCUGAACGGGGAGAUUUUGGAAGAUCUUCGUUUUCGGAAAGGAGCGACUUUGGGCGAGGCAGUUUUUCCGAAAAGGGGGAGACGCCUAGGUCGUCGUUUUCUGCUCAAGGAACACUAGGAGAAGUUAAGGAGUAUUACGAAGAUGUUUAUAUGCCAAGGGACCCAAGCAGGCAUUGUCUGGAAAAGUGUGACGAAGAAAGCCCCCAAGGGACUGAAGAAAUAGAGAAAUUGCAGCGGUCGACCAUGGAUCUGCGAUUGACUGAGAUAUGUAGGCCCGAGGAACAAAAGAUUCCAAUAUUACUGAGUCCCCAAAAAGUUUCCUGCGUGCAAGAAUACUACGAAGUGACGCUGUCCACCGUAUGCUCAAAGUUAGACUCGCAAAGUAUCGUAGAACUUCUAAAAGAUGCCAUAAAUACUAGAGUGCCCCCGCAGAAUAUAUUCGUAGAAACAAACGGACAGAACGACAGCGAGGACGAAGCCCUAACUGGGUUUCUAAAUCUAGAAUAUUCCGGUGGAAUCCAGAUCGAACUGGUUGUGUGUGAGAACAAAGCUAAAGAAAAGAAAGGCCUGAAAAUGCGCCGGAUAUCCGGCGACCAGCGAGAGUACGGCAAGCUAUGUCAGCAAUUGAUCACCAGUCUGACAGUCUAAACGUCACUCCUGACACCUGUCACAUUGACGUUUGUUUGGUUCAAACAAAAUGACCGUUGACUGUGCCCGUAUAUCGUACGGGAGACAUUGUUAUUUAUUUUAUUAACUACAAAGCAUUUAUUGUUUUUCCUUUCUUCUCAAAUGAGGCGUACUCCAUUCCUUGAAACUUUCCUAUUUAUAUGCUUGUGUAUUUGUACGUCGGCCGGGACUUCUGGCGGCCGACACUUGACAGCUGACGGCUGCGUUUGACAGCUGUCACGCGUGACAUUUGCAAUGUAAUGAGGUGAUAUUGUGCAAUAUUAGAUAUGUUUCAAAUUGAAGUUUGUAUGUAUUGUAUGGCUUAGGAUCAUUCACGAUUUGUAUAUUUCAUUCCUUCAAAAUGUUACAGACUGUUUUUUUAAUUGGGUAUUGCCCGUUUUCUUUCCAAGUGGCGCCCUCUAUUAUUCAGAUUCUUAUUCCUAACUUUGUAUGUAAUUACAUUCAGUAUUUCAACAAUAGAACAUGACUAAAAUAAUCCACUAGGUGGCGCUGAAGUCUCUAUAGUCACAAACAAAAUUUAACCUAAAACUUUGGGUUACAAAGUUGAUUUUCUCAAAAAGAGAUUCAACCAGAGAUUGUAGUUCUGGACUGCUUAAACAUUUUUUCUCAUUUAUAAAUAAAAAGAAAUAAAUAUACAGUUCGCGAGUCUUAGUAGCUUUGCGUUUCUGUGAGUGCAUAUGGAUAGGGAUCGUUUCAUCCACGAAGACGCGCCCCACCAUUCUUCCGCUAAUGUUUGAGUGUUAUCGGUACACGCUAAAUUAUCCAUGAGUGCACACGCACACUACAUAAUGCCUUACGGAUUGCUCGGACCACACUCCCCGCACCCCGCGCGACCGAGAUCAAACAUUGGUGGGGCGCGUCUGAGUGGAUGAAACGAACUAUAGUGUAGGUGUGACAGUUUCUUUUAUCGCUUUUUGUCAAUCGCUCUAAGGCGCAUCUAUCUCACUUUACCUCUUGUACUGACGUCUUUAAUUCUUAUAUUUUGUUUUUGUGUUCACUUUUUCCUUACAAACAUUUCUGCUUUUUUUUUUCUAGAUUUUUGUCUGACUUCUUUUGUUGAUCACUCACACAAAUGCAAAGCUCAGCUUACUAGCGAACUGUACCUCUCCAACCCGUUUGGCCACAAUGAAGUAAUUACUAAAGUGCGGUCGCCGAGUAGUUAGAAUUUCGUACAAUGACCCCAAGCUACCCAUCCUUAUCGCUCGCGCGUAAUUAUAUUGCUGUCGCGACUGUGCGAUGGGCGGCCGCAGUGAGUGUGCGAACAGGAUGGGUAGCUUGGGGUCAUUGUACGAAAUUAUAUCUGCUCAACGACCGGACUUUAUACAUUAUACCUCCAUGUUUGGCCACAGCGUGAGGCCAGUUUCCAUUGAUGAAGUCUUGCACCAUACCACAAUAAAUAAUACAUGAAAGCCUACUUCUUAAAUUACCAUUCCAAUUUCAGGAUGACUCCUUUUCUCUUUUGAUUUUGGAUGAGAUUUUUUUCGUCAAUCAUGAUUUUUUACUUGAAAACCUAAUCGAUUAUAUGACAAUAGGAUUUGAAUCCACGACCUUACGUUUAAACGACUGCUCCAAGCACUAAGAUAUUGGUAAACAGGUCUAAAGCUUAACAGAGUCAGUGUAUAAGGUAUGGGAGGGGCACGGGAGGGUGUUUUUGUGACGUCAAACGUCAGCGAGACUUCAGAUGUGCUUCAGACUUGUCACGACGUCAUAUUUAAUGUCACCUCUCCCGUGCCGCUUCCAUACCUCAGGCACUGACUGAGUUAUAAUAUGUUAAAGCCCGGUCUGUGAGCACAGAAUUUUGUCCAAUGACCCCAAGCUACCCAUCCUUAUCGCUCGCGCGUAAUUAUAUUGCUGUCGCGACUGUGCGACUGGCGCCUGCAGUGAGUGUGCGAGCGCUACAGCAAUAUAAUUACGCGCGAGCGAUAAGGAUGGGUAGCUUGGGGUCAUUGGACAAAAUUCUACGUGCUCGCGGACCAGACUAUAGACCUAUAGUUUUCAAGUGAAAAAUAAUGUUUGAGACUUUAAAUGCAAAAAUACACAUAAAUAUGAAAUACAUAAAUACAUUAUUGACUUAAAAACAUAAAGAAUGCACUAGCAUUCCAGUUAUGUUUUAUCUUUUAAAAGGUUGUGUCGGAAACUACAUCAAAUACGUAAUUUUACGAAUGAAAUACUAAAUAGAAUUGGUUUUUGAUGUAAAAAAAUAUAUAAAUACAGGUGAUCUUUUCAACCAGUGAAAAAAAAUCUGCUGUGUCAUUGUCAUUGAACUUUCGUAUUAUACAGCUGAUUUGUUUUUGUGAUUUCAGAGUGGGACCCAUUGUGAAAGUUGUUUAUAUCUUUAUUGUAUUUUAUUUGUUUAACAACCACUUGUAAAAAUAUCGAGACGGUAAAAAAUUCAACCACUAUUGUAGAAAAUAAUAAUAUUUUCCCCAGUCAAAAAAAUUUAAAAAUACCUUAAAAACUUAUCUUAAUCUUACUUUCAUCGAAUAAAUACUUUUCUUUCUUUCUUUCUAAUCGCUGAACUUUAGAUUAUGUAUUAACUCGUUAAUCAGAAGAAAAACCACCACCAGUUUGACACCUUAAAAAGAACACCCUGUAUGUUAUAUUCACUUACAUCAGAGAUUAAGCUACAUAUUACCGUGUUACAUAUGUACAUAACAUAGCAUAAUGUAUAUCAAAAGUUACUUCACAUAUCUGUAUAUGAAAGUGAUUUGCAAAAAAAACACUGAAAUAAUUUAUUAAUUCCAAAAUAAAGUUUUUUCUAGAUUCCAUUUUUAGUAUAAAUUGACUAUAGCUAGAUUUGUAAAUAUAUUUUAAGUUUAAGUGCGUUUCUAGUGGUUACAACUGCAUUGAACGCUGGGCUAACUCGACGUAUGUUAUUAUAUUAUUUUGAACUUGUUUUUUUUAUAUUUAUCUGUUAUUUUUGAAAUUUCUUACAGUUUAUACAAAAUUUUUAUUAAGUUUUUUUCUUUUUGUGUAUAUGUUACGGUUAAUGUGAUAAAUUGAAAAUUAUUCAUAAUAACCGGUUAUUAUGAAUAAUUACCGACAGUCGCGGUAAAAGUGAUAAAUUAAUCACAUUUAACAGUGAUUAUUUGAUAAUUCAACCUUAGUACUAACAAAUUUCAUAAAAGAGAACAACAUCUUGUGUACGUGCUCGUGUACAGCCAAACUUUUGAACGUUUUGAUAUCAUAUAUUAACAUAAUUUGGCAUAAUGGGUUUGGAAUGUUUCUUGCAUAAUAUUACUUUUCCAUGAUGCCUAUAACAUAAUGUUUUGAUUUAAAGUGAAAAAUAGGUUAAGGUGCGGCGGGGGUGGCCCUUGGGCCACCCCUAAGCCGCCUAUUUAGUUUUAUACACACAUAAAUGACCUCAUAUUAAUCACAUUUACCAAAUCAUGCGGUAAUUAUUCAUAAUAACCGGCGAUUAUUCAUAAUUUUCACAUUUAUCACUUUGACCGUAACAUAAUUAUAUAUUUUUUAGGUUUAUUGUUGGAAAUUUAUGUAUAUUUAUACUUUUUGUUCCAAUAAUAUAAUGACAUAGUUAUGUUGAUAGAAACUGUUGUACAUUAUGUAUGUAUUUUUCGAAUUGUAUGUGAGAAAUAAAAGUAUGUAGAAAUAUUCGCCGAAUGUUAUAACUUAUGGCCUAUGUACUGAAUAAACUAUUUCUAUUUAAAUUCAACCAAUCAAAAGCCUAAUGCUAUUAGUGUAGCUCUCAAUUUAGUCAGUACCUGAGGUUAGCGAGACAUAAGAUUUCCUUCAGAUUUGUAUGCUGUCACGUCUUAAUAUGUCAAUGUCACUCCUUCCGUGCCGCUCCUAUAGAUGACCCACGCUGAACUGUCCCACCAAACUCAAUGACAGAGGGGCGCUACCAUCGUUCAACUAUAUGGUUUUCAACAUGGCAAAAAUCGGAACCAGCGAUCCGGUAAUGACGGUGGCGCCCCACUGUCAAUGUCAUGGGUUGGACAGUUCAGUAUUUUGGAACUAUAUACCUCAAGCACUGACUCAAUUAGUCACUUAAGGACUACUAGACCUAGUUUGUAUCGACGUUUCAUUCAUACUCUAUUUCUAUAAACAAUACAUUUUGUAAAAGCUUCCAACUUAAAAAAAAAUAUAUUGAUCUUCGUGCUGAUGAAAUAAUCUAUGAAAUAUGAAGUCAUACAUUUGUAAGUGAAUAUGGUUACUGACUUUAUCUCUCGCAUACAGUUCCAGAUUGAAACAUAGGGUAGUAUAAAAUAAUGUUUUGCCAUAAGUCAUAGUUUAAGGACACGUUAUCAAACUUUAAAUAUCCUGUAAAUAUUAUUUUAAUAAACAAUUUAAUUCCAUAAUGUUA